AUGCUGCCACUCUGUCAGCCUGCUUCUGGCUCCUGGGACUCAGCCCUGGAGGGUCACCUGGAGGCGGCGGCGAGAGGGAGGCAGGCAGGCAAGAGGAAGAAAGAAGGAAGGAACGAGGAGGGGCAGCAGCCCCAGCGGACUGGUCGCAGCCAGUCAGCCAGCCCUCCGCUCCGGGAUCCGGGAGGCGCUGAGGGCGGAGGGCCCCCAGGGAAGCUCGCCACUUCCCAGCAAGGCCUUCGGGAGCAGCCAGCUGGAAUCAAGAUGACGACGGCUGCACCAGCAGCUGAGGAUUCCCUGUCUUUGAGAAAUGUGACCACCAAGUCUCAGGAACAAAUUCUUUAUCAGAGUUCUGGAGCGAUUGUGGCAGCCAUUGUGGUUGGUGUAAUUGUUAUAUUCACUGUGGUUCUCCUUUUGCUGAAAAUGUACAAUAGACGCAUGAGGGCAAAGCGAGAGCUGGAACCUAAAAAUACGAAAACCACAAUCCCACCCACUUUGGGAAAGAGCAGCAAUAGUACCGGUCGCAACACAACAGUGACAUUUGUCCCUAUGGACAUCCACAUGCCAAACCGAAAACCGUGAGACAUGAGGACCUCAGGGAAUGGCAACCAAGAACAAAACUGGGGGCUCUUGCUCUUAGUAAGACCAUGGAAUUGGCAACGCAGAGGAAGUAAGGACUAUAAAUGAUGUUGAUAUUACCAGUGGCCCACCUUCUGUGUCCAGCUAGCCAUGUCUCUUUUUCUUUGGGAAGAGGAAAGACUGCUUCUUGGUACAGCUAAAAUAAUCCCAAGCUGGCAUUUGGUUGUGAAAAUGGUGCUUUUUUGUUGCUUUACUUGCAGAUAUUGAAGGGCAACUAACAGCAAGGCUACCUCUAUUGUUGGAGCAAGGGUUUUGUCCUACUUCAUCUUAAGCUUGGUUUUCACAUUCCCACAGUCUCAUAGAUGAGAGUAGUCUUUGCUGGUUGGGGAUUCUACAGAAAUUCAGGAGGCUACCUUCCACUUGUGUUUGAGAUAGUGGGUUCCCAUUUGCUUUUACCGUGCCAUAAAUGCUCAGAAAGAAGCAACACCCAUUCCAAAGCAUCCUCCACCUUUUCAAACAUCCUCCUCCAUCUUUUGAAAGAAAGAAUUACAGGCUGUCAAUCAACCUUACUAUGGUCAUAGAUCAGUAGGACAAAAGCAGAACACAGCGGAAAAUAAAAGUAACAACUCUGAGAUUCAAAAAGAACAUAGUGGAAAAUAAAAGAAAUAAUGCUGUGAUACAAAAAUGUAUGUUUACACACAUACACACUUGACAAUUAGGCAGCAAGCUUUUAAACCAAUACUUUAUGGCCUUCACUGGCGUUAGAGCAAGUCAUUAUAGAAUUUGACAAAAUUACUCCUGGUGAAACAGGCUGUCAUACAAAACUCUGCAAACUUUCAGAAGAGGUUCUUUAGAGGAAGAUGAAGGGAGGUAUAAAGGCUAUCAGAUCUGCCUACAAACUUACACAAGCUUGCAUCUGUAAAUUGGGAACUAACAUCAUAGCAGAACUUGAUCAACUGUUUUGUAGAAUCACAGAGUUGGAAGAAACCACAAGGGUCAUCCCGUCCAACUCCUUGCCAUACAGGAAAACAUAAAGCACUCUUGUCAAUGACAGAUAACCAUCCAGCCUUUGUUUGAAAAAUCUCCAAAGGAGGAGACUCAACCACUCUCCAAGGGAGCCAGUUCCACUAUUGAACAGCACUUGCUGUCAGGAAGAUCUUCCUAAUGUUUAGGUGGAAUCUUUUCUCUUGUAGUUUGAAUCUACUGCCCCGUGUCCUAGUCUCUGGAGCAGCAGAAAACAAGCUUGCAACCAUAUAUGCUGUGUGUAAGGAAUCUGGGAAUAUCUCCCUUCUGGUAGGGCUGAUUGUAAAAUAUUGAAAUUGGCCAGAUUAUAAAGAGGCUAGUUUGCCUGGACUGCCUUACAGCCUCUACACAUAAGAAAAAGGUCUCUCAAAGUCCCAGAUUUUGUUGCUGUAGAACCUGAUUUUAUUUUGGAGAUUUACAUGACGUUUCCCUCAUCCCAAAGUAUUCCCAAAUAACUCCUGGCAUUAUCAAGGACUUUUCACUCCCACUCCCCAAUUUAAAUUAAGCUAGAAAUUGCAAAAUGAAAUGUAACUUUCCAUGGCUCCCUGUUUGCAUUAUACCAGCACUAGCUGAGAUGGUCACCACCAAGAAACACAGCAAUUUUUUCCAGGACCCAGAUUCCACAGAGGUCAUGCAAGGGAAUGAGGAAUGCUAGCAAUAAAAGAAAAUGAUCCUAAUGCUUAACUAGUUAGUAGUGCUGAAGCACUUUAACAUUUUGACUCCUGAAUAAUAAUUAAAAGGGGCUCAGUGGAAAUUGUUAAAAGGGAAUUUCUCAAAUGCUGCCUGGGUCUAGAUGUGACAUUGUGAUCAGUGGAAAGGGGAAAAGGAAGGACACACAAGAGGGAAAGUGAGAAAAACAUGGGAUAUUUCAAUAUGUAGAGUGAUCUUGUAGCACCUCUGAGACUGACUGAAAGAAAGAAGUUGGGAUAUUUCAAGAAAGAGUUGGAUGCAGACUAUGAAUAUGCAGGCAAAAUCAAGAGAGAGAAAAACUGGAAAGUCUAGAUUCUUCCAGAGAUUUUUUCCUUUCUGCACAGGUCAGAUAAAAUGGCUUCCCUGUCUUCUCAGUAUGGUGACUGAGUGAUGCACAGCCCAAAUAUUGGUUCUGGCAUGAACUGACCAGACAAUGUCCAGCCUGUGCAGCACCAAGACUGAGGUAUAUCCUUUAAACAAAUACCUCACCAGUUGCUCUGGAUCUAUUCUGCUUUGCCAUCUGGCACAUCCAUUGCUGCUGCCAGUCACUCACUCUGAGGUCAGAACAAGGCACCCAGCCUCAAUCACAAGGCUGAGCAUCUUGUUCUGAUCUCAGAGCAAAAUGGCCUGCAGUGGUGGCAAACGUGUCAGACAGCUGUGAGGUGUGUUUGUGAUCAGCUGUCCGGCAUCCGAAUGGAGGGCCUUUGCAACGGGAAAGGAUUGGGACAGCUCUGGAGCCAGCAGUGCAGACAGGACCUAGCAGAAACUGCACAACAAGGAAGGAGGACUAGCUGCCCUAAGUGCAGUGCCUUACAUUUCUCCGUAUUGAAUUUCAUUUUGUUAGCUUUGGCCCAGCUUUCUAGUCUAUUCAGGUCAUCUUGAAUUUUGAUCCUGUCCUCUGGGGUAUUAGCUAUUCCC